UUACUGUGCCUGACGGUUCUGGUGCUAGAAGUGAUAGUAAUUCCAGCCAAAUGUAUAAAUAGUCAUAGUCUAUUCAAAUGGGAUACUACAUGUCUUAAAUAUUCGUCAAGUUGAUAUAAAACUUUCUUUUGAAAUAAAUUCAACAGACUGGAAACACAAUAUACUACACAGCCCAUUUUUGCUGACCGCAUCUUCAUCUCUACCGUGUGCGCAGAUGCAACAUCCACUUUCGCAAAGAGGCCGUUUAUAAACUGACUUGCGUUCAGUCUCAUGGGAUAAUUUACCAGUUUAAACUAGCGGUGAACUGAAAUAAUGGCUCCUCAACCCCUCAUCAAAUCAAGACAGACAGAAAAAACAAUAAAUGGAAUAAUAACUCAAGUUGUUUGCACAGAAUUCAGCAACUACAUUUUCAUAGUUCUGACACAGUAUGGAAAAAUUGGGACUCUUGUGUCAAUAACAUCUGACUCAAAGUCUGGUGACAUCAAUGUACCCAUGUUCACUACCAAAGUACUCUUAGGAAAGGAUGAGCCUCUGACACAUGUCUAUGCCAAAAAUGUCACAACAUUUGUCUCGCAGGAAUCGGGCAACCGACCAGUUCUAUUGGGGCUCUCACUUAAAGACAAUAGUGCUGAAACUAUGAAAACUGUUAAAGAUAUGAUCAAAGGGUGUCAAGUUUGGUAAACAGAAUGUUUGUGGAGGUCACAGGCACACUAUUUUUGGAUGAGGACAAGUGAUGUGUCUUGCACAAAUAAUUGUCCUGUUUUGGUAUAAACCUGGAUUUUCUGUCUUGAAUUUAGGUGUCUGUCUUAGUGCAUGGCUUUCAGCUGUAUUAGAUUAAUUAAUGUUUAAUUAAAGUUAUAUUUUUUACCUCU